UCGAUGGGUUGUGACAAACAAGCAGCAAUGAAGGAGUAUUUGGGUGAAAGGGAGAACAUUUCGAUUUUUAGUCUGAACUCCUACUGUAUCAAUGAGAUAUUUCUGCAAAUCGAAGUGAGCUGCGCUUCCAGUCCAGUGCUCGAUGAUUUGUUAAGGUACAGCGAUCUCAUUCACUUUGUAACCAGCUGCGAGAUACUCACCAAAGCGUUUAAGGAGUGGUCCCCCGAGCUUUAUAAGAAACUUUGUAUUAAGAACACAUUCCUAAACAGGUCUCCCUGGAUAGAGAUCGACUUCUCAAAUGUGUAUGCUCAUAUGCUGAGAUUGAAAGUUCAUGAGAAAAAGCUAUUCUGGAAGAAUUUCCUUUAUCAGAUAAGGGAAAACGAAAGAUUGGAAUCAGUGAAGUUAGUCUAUGAACCAAUAAGCUACUGCCCCGAACACUUGGACAGAUUCGAUGACCUGAUAAAUUGCCUAAAAAACAAGAAUAAAUUACGUGAGCUCUCUGUAAAACUAGCAGGAUAUGGCUUGGAAAGCGUGCCGCUGAUCAGCAGUCUGGAAACCCUGAUCUUAGAUGCCCGAAUGGAGGCCAAUGUCCUAGUCCAGUUGUGCUCAUUAAAUCCAAACUUACGGAGACUCGUUUUGGUCAACAACGAGCUAUAUGGCCGAUUGUCUGAUAUAGUACCGCACUGCAACCAACUGGAAUACCUAAGCUUCGCAAUGAAGCUAGGUGUAGAUGCCGCGGAAUAUAAGGCCCUUGCCAGGCUACCGAGACUCAGCGAACUGAUCCUCCUCGGCGAGCAUGAGGCGGGAUCACUGGUUAGGCUCUUUCAAGCCUUGAAAGAGAGGAAGGUCGAAAGAAUAUGGAUACCCGAAAGCCAUGUCAGUAACGAAGAGGCCUUCGCGUUGGCAUCCAUUACCUCGCUUAUUUCCCUCAAGUGCUGUCUUCGCAAUGACUCGAUAUAUGCCGAUUUACCUCUGACUGGGUGUCUAACUGAUAUUUGCAUACUGCGUCAUCCCAGCCAAAAUGAUCAGGAAUCUAGCAGUGAGAAAGAAGAGGAUCGCAUGAAAGUGACUUUUGGGACAAGAACACCCUCUAACAAAAUGCCAGACGCCUAUUACCAAGCAAUGGAGACCGAAGAUACGAAGCUUAUGAGUCAGGCAUGGGAUCAAGACUUCUCCCAUGCUUUUCGAUUCCGCUACGAGGGUCGGUACAGUGCCAGGACUUUGCUAGAUAACAUGAAUUUGUCAUCAGAGUCUUCAAUGUGCUUUAUCGAGAAGAUAGUCCUCUAUCAAAACGAUCCGAUUCCGAGCGAAGACAUCCCCGUAAUCGCCUCCAUACCGACCCUUACCACCAUCCGAUGCUCCUUCGCCCAAAUAGAGCAGAUGAUCGCAGUGAAAGUUCUUCAGCUAGAGGCGAUUACCGAAACUGAAAGGCGAGUGGACCGCAUUAGAACAGAACACUUCGAGGUUCGAUUAGUUCAUGGCCUCGAAUUCGUGACACUUAUACUGGACUUUUUUGGGAAAUGCAAAGAGAAUUACGCGAAGUUCUUAGCUCCUCUUGCCACUUUAAGAAACCUAAAACGACUUGAGAUAAAGGGGAAAUUUACAAAUGGUUCCUUAGUAGCGCUUUUUAAAGGAUUCAGCUCCUUGGAAUCUCACACUCUGCAAGAAGUGAAAGCUGUCCUUCUUGACCCUGAAGAACUCGACGAGGUCACAAAGAUAGGCAGCCUAAGGAUCCUUCACAGCGGUUUCUUUUGUUCCAAAAAUAUGGAUAAACUGGCCAAGUUGAACCAUCUCGAGGAUUUACAUCUAACUGUCCAUCCACAGGGGUCUCUAGAAAAGUUGUUUAAGCUUCUUGCCCGCAAGAAGUCACUAGUACUGAAGAGUCUCAUAAUUGAGGGGACGAAACUUACUUCGCAAGAGGUUGGGGAGCUGGCUGGCCUUAUAUCCUUGCAGAACCUUCAGCUUGGUAUGCCCGAAGUAAAAAGUUGGGAACAGUCCUCAGAAGGUAAAAGGGAUAACCUAGACGUUACCUAUUGUCAAAAGUGUCGAUUGCCCCCUGAUGCAUCCAUUCAUAUGGAGCAUCAAAGUUAUGUGCAGACUUUGAGUUCUGUAUCCGACAAAGAGGCCUUAACUGCUAGGAUUGCUUUUAUAACCGACUUGUAUCGUAACUUGACUCCAGUAAACAUGCCACUCUUGGCCAAUCUACCAAACCUGGAGAGGCUGGGUGUUUACGUUGAUUACAGUUCCCAACCUGCGGAGAACCUGUUGAGAGCUAUUGCCCAGCUAUCCCCAAAAAAAUUGAGAAAACUUUCGUUUGUAUCACAGAACUUUCAAUUGAUAUCUACUUUCGAAAAUUUGCAAUCCCUCGAGUCCGUUGUCUACCACACAAAGGAUAUUCAUUUUACAGCACAACUCAAAAAUCUCACAAAGUUAGAAAUAUAUAAUCCUCAGGAUAUUUCCCUGUGGGAACUCCUUAAGGAACUUAAGGCUUUGUUGAAUCUUCAGUGCUUGCUUUUGGAUAAUGCAGAUCUGGAAUUUUUAGACCUUGUAGAGGUAACGAAAGUAAGUUGGCUGAAACGCUUGAGACUCGGCCUUGCAGACAAAAGGUUUGUCUUCAUGCUGAUCCCUUUGAAAAACUUGGAAGUUUUGGAAAUUACAUCUACCCAUUACGCGGCGAAAGACGAAAGCAACUUUAUUGUUUCAUAUGUUUUAUCAUCCGAAAAUCUUAGAUCAAUAUCUCUAUAUCGAUUCUAUGACUACUUAAAAAAGGAUAAUGUCAAUGUAAUCUUAAACACCAUAAAGCUUUUUAGGGAUCCCUUCAAGGUCCCACCAUUCAAACUGCGCGGAAUUUGGUCUGAUUUUAAAAGACUAAGCCAGUUGGACAAAUACAACGUCGAAUACAUGGAAUUGGAAGGGCUCGAUAAUAGCAAUCAUAGCGCAGAAUCCGAUGAAGACACUGAUAAUGAAGUUAUAUAAAUUUUUACAGUACAAUAAUUUGAUGAUGGCAUAGCAUCUGUCCAUAUCGGAAAAAAGCCGAACGCGGAUCGAGACGUUCACACUUUAAAAUUACCGUCCAUAAAAGAAAAACUAUAUUUGGAUAAAAUUCACGCUAAAAUAGGGAUAAUUUACUUUUACAUAUCUUUGCCAAUAACAGAAAUUUGAAUUAAAGUGUGGACCCACGGAGAAGGGGUUAAAAUAAUUCCCUUAGGUAGAUUUGUGACAAAGAAGGGAAAUGUUUAAGACAUUACUUUGUACAUUAGGACAAUUUUGUAUGGCAGUGUUCAUAUACUCAAAGGUAAAUGUUUUGGGUUAUAUCAAAAAAUCGUAAGAUGGCGCCACUCACUAAAAAGGAUAUUUAGCGCUGUUAAAAAUCCAGGACUCCUUAUACUUCCCUGUGUUUUGAAUAAGGGAACAUUAAAGGACAGUUAAAGUGGUGCAAGGCAAAAAAUUAUGCAAAUAAUCAAUCAUUUCAUUAAGAAAUCAAAAUGAGAAAAAUGCAUUCCCUGAGAAAAAUGAAGUUGUGCUGAAGCGCAAGAUAUAUUAAGAAUCCUCCAUUCCUCCGCAAUUAAAACUAAUGUUUCUUUUGGUAAUUGUUUGGAAGUUAAAAUCUUUUUUCAUAUAAGCAUUUUGUGUUUAAGGUAUUAAAUUAUAUAACAAUAAUUAUACACUCGAUUUAUACACUUCAAUUCGAUGUUGGCUGGGGAGAAACGGAAAGUGAUUGCCAUAAGUUUGAUGGAUAAAAAGCCAAUACUAGUGGGAUGGCGCCACUCUCUAAAAAGGAAAUCUGUUGCUCUAAAAAAUCCAGAAAU